CAAACCUAUUAGUUUGGUCUGGUUAGAUAUCAUCUGUUGGAACAUAGUUUAUACCAAAAAUUGAUCCAUACUAUCCCAAUUACACAUUUACACCCCAAUUCAGGUUUAUUCAAAGGACACUAGUAGAAGAAGAUAAAAGGGUGGACAGUUAAAACGGAGUUAACAUUGAAGAAGAAGAAAAUAUGGAAGAUAGCAAUAAUAACCGAAAAGAUCCAUACGAUUUCUUCCCAGAAUUCUCUCGUAUUUCCAUUUCCCAGCAAGAGCUUUUGCAUCACACCCCCUUCGUCGGAGACACUUCACCCAACAAUCACCACCACGAUACGCCGUCGCAGUUUGACGCGGAACUCAUCCCAGUGUCCUCCGCUCCCAUCGUUGUUCUCUCUCCUCCCGAUACCAACCAAGACGUUUUUCACACUCCGCCCGAGGAUGAAUCGUUGCUUCCCUCUUCCGACGUUGAUGUUCCUCAUUCUACUAUUAACCAGACCGUUGACAUCGACGAUGAGUCUCGUGUGAUUGUUGAUUUGGCUGGAGUUUCCCAAUUAGGGUUUCCGGAGAACUCGCGAUGUGUUGAUGACGAGUUUAGGGUUUUGAAAAGGGAUAUUAAUAUUACUGAAUUAGCUCAAGUUCCUGCGAAAAAAUUGAAAUUAGGUUUUGAUUCUUUGAGGAAUUCAAAGGAGAAGAAGCUUGAAAAUGUUGUGGAAUGUGAACAAGUGAAAGUAGAUUCUGUGAACGAUGAGGAUUUAUGCAGAGAAACUCCAGUCUUGGAGGAAAAUGCUGAAACACAACCUGUUCAAAUUCAAAAUGCUGAGGUUGUAGAAGGUUCUGGAAUGCGUGAGGAUCCGGUGCUGCGACAUGAAUUGGAAUCUGAUAAGGAUAAAGGGAAACAAAAGUUUUCUGUUUUUGAUGUACUGAAAAUUCUGUCUGAUAAUAGUAAGGAAGAUGAAGAGGAAGAUGGUGGCGGGCUUACUCUGUUGGAAGCUGCAAAGCUUGCUGGUAUUACUUUUCCUCGUAUCUAAAUUAUUCAACUUCGAUGAUGAUCAGGCCAAGAAGUAGAGGAGACAAUAUUGAUGGUGCUUUCAUGGUGAUUUCUCAUUCUCAGUAAUAGUAUCUAUGGUGGUUUCUACUUGAAAUUUUGUUUUAAUAUUAACCCAUGAUGAUAUUUUGUAGGUAAGAUUAUAAUUUCUUCUAACAUGUUUUGAAUAUUGUCUAUCAAUUGUAACUAAGGUUUAGAACUUAUGUUAGUAUAUCAACCUCUUGUGAAUAUAAUCUAUCAUAUGAAUGAGAAUGAGAAAUUAAC